AUGAUGUACCAGCAUCGGAACAACCACCACCAUCACAACAACACGAUCGGGCGUACCGCCGUGGCCGCGGAUCCGGCGUCCACCGCGGUGCACGACGGUUUCGCCACAGUCCGCCGGCCUCACCAUUACGUCGGCCACAAGCGGAGGCGCGCGGCCACCGCAGCCGUAGGCUUGCACCUGGAACCGGUCAGCGAGCACGUCGGUUGCGAGCAGCUGCAGUUGUACGCCGGCCUCAGGCCCAAGUCGUGCGCCGGGGCGGCCGCCGCGCUGCCUCCUCUGCCGUCCGACGUGCCCUGGUGGGAAAUUGCCACCCGCCGGAGGCCCAAGAGUUGUGCCGACUUUGGAUCCGCGUCGUCGGACAACACCGAAAAGGCGCACGUGGUGUCUGCUUUCGAGCAGUCUUUAUCGAACAUGACUCAGAGGCUGCAACAGUUGACCGCCACGGCCGAAAAAAAGGAUCACGAGCUGCACGAACUGCGUCAAACGGUCGAGAUGUUGAGAAAACAGGGCGCCACUGAUUCAGGGGCGAUUCAUGCGAAUGGCGGCGGCAGUAACAACCACCAAAGGCGGCACACGAUCAAUUCCGUUGCCGAUUCUAGCACUGGUAAUAACAUUUCACGUCAACUGUCGACAGAUUCGGUUUCGAGUUUGAAUUCCCUGUCGUCGGCGUGCAGCGCGUCCAGUUCGGCACAGCAGUCCGAGGCCGACAAGAAGAAGAAAAGAGGAUGGCUGCGUAGCUCGUUUAGCAAGGCGUUCUCGCGAUCCAAAAAGAAUCGCAGCAACUCGUUGUCAGAUGCCGAAGAAGCUCACAUCGCCCGAAACCAUCAGAGCGCUUUCCUAUCCGACAUGUCUGCACCGUCGUCGCCGAUGCUCAACACUCCUCACUCAAACGGAUUGGGUUUUAAGAACAGCCAUUCGUCAACGACGAGUUUGUACGAUUGCGAUCGAGCAGAACACGACUCUAGUCCAGAAAUGGUGGAGCAACUGAGAAAACAGCUCAGAGAAAAAGAUCUCGUUCUUACCGACAUUAGAUUAGAAGCUUUGAGUUCAGCACACCAACUUGAAUCCUUAAAAGACACUGUGAUUAAAAUGAGGGAUGAAAUGUUGAAUUUGAAACAAGACAAUGAAAGACUACAAAAAAUUGUAACAAAUCAAUCCCUUCAGUCCAGUUGUAGUUCUUUACAGUCUCCACCAAUAUCAAAUCACACUCAAAGUGAUGAAGGGACUGAAGCGUUAUUACCCUCAUUAGAUUCAGACGCCAUGUUGGUCCAACUUAACGUGUUCCUUGGUAGUCAUGGUAGUUACAACAAGUAUAAAGAAAAUAAGACUAAAACAUGCAUAAUAUCUGCAUUACCUAUUUCACCAAAAUCAAAAUGGGAUCUGGUUGACCACCUUGUUGUUAAGGGAUUCAAAGAUUAUGUGGAACGUAUUGAUCCGAUGACCAAAUUGGGACUUAGUGUUGACUCAAUAUGGAGCUAUCAUGUUGAUGAUAUAAUACGAUAUAUAUCAAAUACUAAAGAAUAUAAGUCUCCUGAUAAGUCCCCGUACGAAUGUAUGACUAAUGGUUCAAAUAUUUCUAUUUGUCUCAAAGGUGCAAUGCAUUCUGGAAGUUUAGACGCUUUAGCGUUUGAUACCCUCAUACCAAAAAGUAUUCUCCAAAGAUAUGUUUCUUUAUUAAGUGAACAUCAUAGAAUAAUAUUAUGUGGACCUAGCGGUACUGGCAAGUCUUAUUUAUCGAAUAAACUUUCCGAGUUCCUAGUAAUGAAAAUGGGAAAAGAAUGCAAUUCUUCAACUAUAGUUACUUUCAGCGUUGAUGAGAAAAAUAAUAAAGAUUUGCAACAAUAUUUGUCCAAAAUAUCUGAUCAAGCUGAUAAUGACUCUUCCCAAAUUCCAUGUGUUGUGAUCUUAGACAAUUUACAUAAAGCGUUGUCUUUACCAGAUGUGUUCAAUGGUUUUCAAAGUCCAAAAUGUCCUUAUAUAAUAGGAACUAUUAACCAGUCAACAUGUUCAACAACUAGUCUUCAAUUACAUCACAACUUCAGAUGGGUACUUUGUGCCAACCAUAUGGAACCGAUGAAAGGAUUCCUUGGACGUCAUUUGAGGCGUAAACUUGUAGAACAUGAAUGUCGACUUGGCCAAAGAAAUGCGCAGCUAAAACGUAUUGUAGAAUGGAUCCCUGAAAUUAGAAAUCAUUUGAAUCAGUUGCUCGAGACCCAUAGUUCGUCUGAAGUUACAUUAGGACCUAUUUUGUUUGUUUCGUGUCCAAUGGAUUUAGAAACAUCUCAAACGUGGUUUUCAGAUUUAUGGAACUAUUCUUUGGUUCCAUAUGUAAUGGACAUGAUUCGUGAAGGCAUUAGAUUGUAUGGAAAAAGAGCAGCAUGGAAAGAUCCAGCUUCAUUUGUCAUUCAGUCCUAUCCUUGGUCUAGUGCAGUGCAUAAAAAUAUAGAAUCGUUCAUUAGAAUACGACCAGAAGAUGUUGGCUACGACAUAGAACAGGAUAAUGACCCAUUGUUAAACAUGUUGAUGACUCUUCGAGAAGCUGCAAAUUACUCUAGUCCUCAAAAUGACACUGACAUGAGCUUGCCUAACAGUAAUGGAACUUUGGCAACAUUAUGA